AUGGACCUGACAGCGGAGACAGCGGGGACUCCCCCAGAUCUCGCCGCCGAGAGAAAGGAAGCAUUUUCGCACGCCGACGACGGGCCGUGCUACGACACAGAUGACGAGGCGCACUGCGCGGUCGCCGGCUCCAGGAGUCGUGAACAAGAAGAGAGAACGCCGGACACGCGUCGGCGAGCAAGCGCAUGCGCAGCGGACGAACCAGAGAGUGAACAGAGAUCGAGAGAAGAGGAGUCGGCGAGGCCUGGAAAGGUGGAGACAGCCGACGAGAGAGACGAGGCGCGGAGCGGCCCCGACGGAGAGGAAGAUGGCGUCUCGUGCUCGGCGUCCAACGCGGACUUGCUCAAGGAAGACGGCAGAGAGGGCGAUUUCGAUCUGGACGAAGCUGAGCCGGAGGCGCGCGAACCGGUGCGCGCGAAACGAAAGAGAGGUCGAGAAGGACAGGGAGAAGACAUCUUCGCGACUUGUCCGGAAGCUCUUGUCGAGGAACUGCCCGACGGCUCAAAGAUUCGCUCUGCGCUCCAGCGUCCGGUCCUCGGCGUCCUCGUCGGAGACACCUACUCGAUCAAAGUCAGCAACGAAGACGCCGCGUUCAUCAUCGGCCGGGGCGGAAGCACGAAGAAAAAAAUCGCAGCCGUCUCGGGAUCUCGGGUCGAACUCGAAGACAACGGCCUUCGUCUGGAUGUGACGGGGACUGAAGAGCAGAGAGAGCGUGCGCUGCUGUAUAUUCGGCUUAUUAUGCAGCAGCGAUUGGGCCCUGUGCGAUGGGACAGCGAGAGAAAUGAUAUGUGCACGGAGGGGGUAGCGCGUUUGUUCCCGCCGCAAGAAGACGAGGAAAGAGAUGAGAAGAAGCCGCCGCGAAAAGACUUGACUGUUUUGGCCAUUCCGAGCGAGGCGGUGGCGUACGUGACGGGGAGCAACGGCCAAGUGCUGCGCAGAAUCGAAGACGAGUGGCGAACGCUCAUGUUCUUCACGCAGCAAGAGCGGGGCGCCGGCAAGGGCUCGGCUGUACAGACUUCCGGGAAGCGCCGAAACAGCUGUGCCUCGGAGGGGACGGGAGAAGACGCGGAGGCGGCGAAGGACGCAAACGGGAAGAGGCGCGAAGAGACAGACGCCUCCAGCCCCGGCGGGAAGAUGGAAGAGCUCCUCAUCUUUGGCAGCGAGCGAAGUCGCGUAGGUGCCAGCUUGAAAGUGAUGAGCGCAGUGGACCAGAAGCUGCGGGGUUUCUACACGCGGCGCCUGACGGCUGCGCUCGCCGCGCGCGGGGCUGGAAAGCGCGAAGGAGACCGGAACCCCGAAGAUGUCGAAAUGGAGAUGCCGCGCGCGGAAGGGAAGGAAGAACAUGCGAUGGAAGAAAGCGAAGAACAUGCGAUGGAAGAAAAGGAGGACGAAAAGGAGGAAGAAAAGGACGAAAAGGAGGAAGAGAAGGACCAUUUGGAAGAAGAGAUGCAGUCGACCGUCAACGGAGGCGAGGGCGAGGCUGGACGGAACGGGAGUGAGGGCGACGUGUUUGGAGAAACGCUCUUGACAACAACUUUGGAAAACAUCUGCGCUCCGGACCAGAGCUUUUGGGAUACUUUGAAGGGCGUCGACCUCGAAGAGCAGGACAGCACGCUCAUCCUCGUCGACAUCAUCAAAAUCGACUCUUGCCAUUUCUCCUACUGUCUCGGGCGGGAAGGCAAGACGCGGCGGAAACUUGCGUCGGCCGCCGGGUGCAUGCUCGAGUACAUUGGGCACUUUGCUUUUGCUGCCGGAACUCUUGCGGAGCGCCGUCGAGUUCAGGAGUACCUUUCCUGGCUAGUGCUACAGAGGGAGAAGCCGAUUUUCCUCAGUGAGGUGUGCAAAGACGGCGAAAGGUCGGACUUAACGGUGAUGGACAUUCCCAGAGAGAAGGCUCCGCACGUGGCAGGGCGGCAAGGCAAUGCUCUGCGCGAUGUGGAAGAGAGAACCGGGACGUUCUGCUUCUUCGAAGGAAGAAGGGGCGGGAAGCCUGGCCCGGUUUCUGCUUCGCCGAACGAGCUCAGGAAGAAGGAAAGACUGCUGAUUUUCGGAACGUCUGGUGAAGGUCGACACCAGGCGGUGAAUCUGGUUCGUCGUUUGAUGGGAGCGGCAGAGAGGGGCGAGCGGGGCCGUCGUGGAGAGGCUCGGCACCCGUGCAACCUCUUCUUCGACAAUCCUUACCAGCUGUCGUCUGCGCUCCCGCCCUUCUUUCCGCACGACGAAGGGCUGCUGCCUCCGGGGCCUCUGCCCCGCCGAGACGUGGGAAUGCAUGCACCGUUUCUGGAUGCGCCUCGGAUUCUGCCGGGGCCUCAUCCGCGUCUUCCGUUGCCGAAUUUUCUGCCGCCAAGUCACAUGUCUCUGCUGGGGCGCCAGAAACUUCCGGCCUCGAUGCCGCUGCUGCCUGGCGAAGGCCUCGGACCGGUGAUGGGACGCGCGCUGUCUCCGUCCGCUCGGCGGACCGCGUUCGGCGAGGCGCCGUCUCUGCUGUUCUCUCCCUUUGCUUCUCCAGGCCUCUUUCCGUAUCCUGACGAGCGGGGCCGUGGGGAGGCGCUUGCGUCGCGGCGGGAGAGACGAGGCCGAGUGUCCCCCGAGAGGGCGUCUCGCGCUUCUCGCUACGGGCCCUACGCGUCUCCGACUCUGCGCGGCGCUCCGCGGCUCGAGGACAGCUUCUCCGAGGAGGCGGAAAGAGGGCGAAUGCGCGAGCGUCACGUCGCUCGAGGCGCCGCCUGCGCAGGAGACGGGCUGUACGGAGGUCGUGACGGCGAUCUGGAGUCGCACCGCCGUGCCGCCUCCAGCGGAGUGCCCGCCGGUAGCAGAGCCGCGUUUCUUCCGACGGUUCUUCCGCGGCCUUUCGGCGGACAGAGGUCCGAGGAGAUCGGCUACGGGGCGUACCCGAGCGGGGCAGAGAUCGACGAGAGGGAGGCUGGCGCGUCGGGCUCGAAAUCUGGGGCCAAGAAGGGCGGGUACGGCCUAGAUCGCGAGAGAGAGAGAAGAGCUGAGAGCUAUCGCCAGGGAGCGCUGGGUAGUCGAGACCGACAUGAAGAUCGGCGAGCGGCGUACCUUGGCGAGGGCGAGGGCGUCGGCGCGGGGGGUGACUGGGGAGGCAGUGGCCGAUCCCGUGGGGGCUACGAAGACCGCGAAGACCGCGAGAAGGGCAUGUACAGCCGCGAGAGCUUUGCGGGCCGAGCUGAAGAGUCGCGUGAGGCGUACGCGUACGAGGCGCGUCGAGACGGCAGACGAAAGGAGGAGCGGCGACAUGACGAGGAGAGCCUGCGCAGGAAGGAGGGCGAGAGAAGAAAAGACGAGCGAACCAGCCGCAGGGACGAGUACUUGAUUGCGGGGCCCAACGAGGGCUCUGCCGGCGAAGGCCGGCUGCGACAGGAGGACGAGGCGUUUUCGAGCCGGCGAGUCGGCGCUGGGGGCGAAGGGCGGCACCGCUUCUACGGGAGAGACGAUCCGCGAGACAUGUCCGAGGGGGACGUGGAGCGAGCACGGAGACAGUACUCAGAGGGCGAGUUUUCGCACCACAAACCGUACCGGCACUACCGGGAAGAGGCCGUCGAGCGAAGUCGCGAGGAGAGGGAGGAGCGCGCGUCGAAACGUCGCGCCACGACCCUCGAAGAUCCCGAACGCGAACGGCGAGACGAGCGUCACCACGGGUACGCAGCAGAGGGGGACAAUGCGUUCCUUCUUGCUUCUCGCGAAGAUCGAGGCCGACGAGGAGACCGCGCUGAUCCCCUCGCCGGCGACGCCAGCACGCAGCCCGGUUCCGGCAACCGUCGCAGAGACGACCGAGGGGCGUACAGCGGCGAGCGCGCUGGCCGCGACAAGGAGAGGCGCGAGGAGUACGGCGCGGCCGCGACGGCCCACGAGCUUCCGUCUCGGCGCCGCCUCGACGAGGACGACAGCUUAGGAGCUCCUGGGGAGGUGGGAAGUUACGGCGUGGCGGGCGACGGUCAGCGACGGCGGAGUCGGUCUCCAGGCGGCGGGCCCUACUUUGUGGGGUACGGCGGCUACUCGGCGCGGACUUCCACGGCGCAGGCGCCGGCUGUGCAUGCGUACGACCGAGGCGAGCGCGCCGGCGGAGAAAGACGGCGAGAGCGGGAAGCACUGGAAAGGGACGGAGAGGACAGAAGACAGGACGAGGACAGAUACCGCGCGAGUGCAGGUGGACGGAGAGACAGAGCCGAGUACGGCGGGCGCUCAGAGGAAGAGCGAAGACGCGAAGAAGCCGACUCCGGCGUGUAUGAACAGAGACACCGCGGGUACAGAACUGCGCGCGAGGACCGCGCCUAG